AAGUUGUCCUUUUCUAUAUGUUUCUGUAGAGGCCUGUCCAGAUUGAUUGUCGUCCCAACCUCUCGACUGUAAUAUAAAUAUGGCAGCAUACAUGUUUUAGAGUUUAUAACAAGUUGAAGAAGAUGGCGUUUUGGGUUUCUUCUUCUAAGGUCACGCUUUUCCUGAGGGGGCUUUCUGUACUUUUCCUAAUAGCAUCAACCAUACUCAUUAUUACGGACGAUAAAGGCAACUUCCGCUAUAAGGAUGUCUCUAGCUACAAAUACGUGGUUGGUACUGGUGUCAUUGGCAUUGCAUAUAACUUCUUGCAAAUAAUUUCAUUUGCAAUCUUCCGGAUGUUGAUGAACAACGAUAGCGACGUAUACCGCCUAAUUGAAUUUUAUGGUGAUAAGGCUGUAUCAUAUAUUUUAGCCACAGGGGCAGCUGCAGGAUUUGGCGCUACCAAAGACUUGAAGAAACUUCAAUUUUUAAAUGCUGAUGGCAAGAGCGGAUUUUUCAAUAUUGGAUAUGCAUCAGCUCUCCUUCUCUUCCUCGCAUUCUUGUGCACUGCAAUCUUGUCUAUUUUGUCUUCCUAUGCACUUCCAAAGAAAGUUUAGCUGUUAAGGACCAACAAAUGCUUCUUUUUCAAUAUUGGAUGCCAUUGAUCACAAGUCAGCGGUUAACUAAUUAAAGGGGAAACUUCACUUGCUCUCU